GCAUGCGCAGUGCGAUUUGAGCAGUGACCACGUAGCUCGUGUUAGCCACAGUUGGAAGCCUCGGGGGUUUUAAAGAAAAUAGCUGUAAAACAAAUUCACGGCCCUUUAAAUUUGAGCCGCGGAUCGUUAAAAAUGGCAAGAUACCUGAGGCCUCCUAAUUCAUCGCUCUUCGUCAGAAACAUCGCCGACGAGUCCAGGCCAGAGGAUUUACGACGUGAGUUUGGUCGUUAUGGACCUAUUGUAGAUGUCUACAUUCCACUUGACUUCUAUACACGACGGACAAGAGGAUUUGCUUACAUUCAGUUUGAAGAUGUGCGUGACGCAGAGGACGCUCUUCACAACCUGGACCGUAAAUGGGUUUGUGGGCGUCAGAUCGAGAUCCAGUUCGCCCAGGGAGACAGGAAGACCCCGAACCAGAUGAAGACCAAGGAGCGCCACUCUCCACGCAGUUUCUCUCGCUAUGACGAUGAUCGGGAUAGCCGCCGAAGACGGUCCCGAAGCCGCAGCUAUGAUCGACAGAGGUCCCGAAGCCCAUCCUAUGAGCGCCGUCCUCGGAGGUCUGAGAGCCCCAGAGAAUCUCGGUCCUACAGUCGACGUAGACGGAGCAGAAGCAAUGAAAAUGACAAGUAUAGAGGUCCUCCCCGUGACCACCAGAGGACUCACCGUGAACCAGGCUCACGUAACCGCUCCGCUUCCCGCUCCCCUUCACCCCCCAGAUCCAAGUCCAAAGGUAAAAAGAGCCAGUCCAGAUCCCACAGCCCAGCUGAAGACUUCCAGCCAACCUCCAGCUCCCAGAAACCAUCUGUGGGACGCUCUCCAUCACGAUCCUACUCUAGAUCCCGAUCGCGCUCCCGUUCCAGAUCCUGGGCUGGACGCAAGUCUGGGGGCCACUGACUGUCUUAUUCCUGUUAAUCUGAGGAUGUUUCUGUUGCUUUUGACUAUGAUAACUUAAGUGUUGCGCUGUUUGAAUUUGUUUUUAAUUCAAUUACUUGCCAAAGGGAAGAGGGCAGCAAAUUAAACAUUUUUUAGCGUUAUCAAAAUGUUUUUUCCUAAGCGAUUGAUGAAAAGCACAGUUGAUCCCUGGAAGUCUUGGCCAGGUCAUGCUUGUCGGUUUUUUUUUUGACUUGUGUGAUGAGGGUAAUUGAAAGUUGGAGAGAAAAUGCUUCGGUUUGGAUACUAUUUUUGUAUUAUUGAGUUGGCAAUAUUUACUACGGUUAACAUGCCUGUCUCGGUUUGUGUAUUCUAUAAACCUAAAUAAAAAUUGAACUACAGGCCCUGACUUACCGAUAAUUACCAAGCUGGCCUCUAAUGCCUUGUUCAGUGGCAUUUCUUAUUAUAAAGCAAGCAAACUGUAUUCUUUGUAGCUGUAAUUACUGUGGCAAUGUAUAUGGAAAGCAGAUGUUUGCUACCUAAUACCAUGUCCAGUAUUUUAUGUGACAGUAUGUUCAAAAUUAGCUGCAUUCAUUUUGUUCAGUGAGUGAAAGUCAGUUAAAUAUUGUGUUCCUUAAUACUGUUACCCUUGUUUUAAUGGUGUUACUUAGUAUGUGCUUUAUCAAUAAAGAAAUAGAAUCUGUACUAUU